AGGUAAAGACAGAAGCGCGGCGAUAAUGAAUUUGGCAUUAUUAAAGCAAAAAGAGAAUUGACGAGUCGAUACUUUCGGGUUUCUGGUACUUUGGGAAUGAGCCGCAAUUCGUUUUGCUUUGGGAGAGAAACGAGAGCGCGCGGGCUUUGUUGGCACAACUGUGCAAAGCCGCUCGUCGAAAACUGGGUGAACGGAUUCCUCAAAAUUGGUUAAUCUACGCGUAAGACAUACACGGACGAAUGAAGGCAUACGAAGGUCGGUGUAGACGAACCUCGCGGCUGUAACGUCAAAAAUAAUGCUACGAUAAGUAAAUGACAAGUCGACGAUAACCCACGCGCAGUGAGUGGAAAUACGAGCGCGCUUCUUCUCUCGUACGUAUACACGAUCGUACGUUACGUGCGCUCCAAGUCGGCGAGUACGCUCGAACCUCGAGUCCGUAACUCUCGCGACCCAUAACGGAACCGCGUAAUAAUCGGCCCAACGAGAAAUUCCCCGUUUUCGUAACGCGACAGUGUGUUUUGUUCGACGAUAAAAAAGAAAAAGAGAAAAACGGAAGGAGCACUUGAAAUAACACGAAAUUACGUAACGUUGUGCUGUGAACGCACGAGGUUUGUCGAAAAAAAUAAAAUGAAGAAAUUCAUGUUUACGCUCGCAUGAGACGACUGCGAUCUGCUCGCGACUCUCGGCUCUCGAGCAAAGCAGAGACGUGCACGAUGACGCUAAAGUCGUCGUAACAGCAAAGGCCGAAGAACGAGCGUGUGUGUGAGUGGAGAAACGCGAGACUUCGCCCAAGAACCAAGACGAUGUUGUCACAUUUGAUAUCGUUGCUCCUCGCGAUCGGGCUCCAUGGAGUUUCGUCGCAGAGCAAUUACGCUUCUCAGGGGAACAGCAUCGAGUACCAGCCAGGACUGCCGCCGAGCACUGUUCUCGAUGGCAAAGUCACCAAGCUCGAUGACAUACAGCCGAUUAUAUUUCUCAAUCGUACAAAGGCUUAUUUGAACUGCGGUCAGGGAAGUAUGGAGGUUGAAUUGAAGUUCGAGGAGCCUUUUUACGGGCGGGCGUACGCCGACUUCGAUCGCAACAGUGCCUGCAUGGUGAAAGGGCGUGGAUUGGAUCACGCGACGCUGGAGCUUCCUUUGAAAGGAUGCGGAACUAAGCAGGAUCCUCAGCGGGUUUUUACGAACAACAUCGUCGUCCGAUUCCAUCCCGGUCUGGAGAUGGACGGCGACGAAGUUAUUACGAUAGUAUGUCGCUACCCACCCCCGAUAACACCGCAUCCGGAGAUACUUGACAGAUUCAUAUCUGACCCGCCGGAGCCGUUGCCAGGGACCGAGCCACCGCUCAAGGGUUUCCAGAUUUUACUGACGAUCUGUGCGCUCCUAUUUCUCUCGUUGUUACUGCUCGGCCUCGGCUGCUCUUACCUCUGCAUGAAGAGACGAAACGUCCGAGUCGUCCAUCGCCAACCGUUCGGAAGUGGCACGGGAUCUGAAAUAACGAAAUUGUCGGGCUCGUCGCUCGGCAACAUCUCCAUGUUCGAAGGACUGAAAAUCCCGAGGGCGCACGCCCUGCUCCAUGCCGCACCAUCUUCCUCGGGAAGCGAAGCCAAUCUCGUUAUCGAUCAUUCCGACACUUUGCCGAGCGAUUACCCCAGCGAGAGCCAUUCGGAAGUCGGUAUAGAGGUUGACGAGGUAAGAUCACUGCCAGUGUCAUCAGUCGGUUCGUACGAGAACAAGGCCUUCUUACAUCAUCAGUCUCUAAAUCAACAGGUGGAAGUGCGAGCCUCGAGUUCGAUCUAUUCGGAGACGACGAUGGACGUGGAGACAUCGGCGAUGACGUCAGCGACAGCGUCGAGAAUAACGUUGCCGCGUCAUCCGGUAGCAGUGCCGAUCGAGCCGAAGUUCGACGUGCAGAUGAGGGUGAAGCGGGCGCCUCCGCCGCCGCCGAGUCCAUUGCCUUCGGAGUCGGACGCGAGUAUAAUGCUUGAGAGGAAUUUGACGACGAUACUUGAGCGGGAGGAAAUAGCAAGAUCGAUCGAGAGUCCGAUGCAGCGUAUGACGACGUUCUCUUACGUUCCGGAGUUGCAUAUGCCGCCGAGCAACACGGUUUCGAGGCAGCAAACGCCGCCGGUUUACUCGAGGAUAUUGCGGAAGCAGGCAGAGCGGGAGAACCAAACGAUCGAAACGCUGAGCUCGCCAGCUCCAGGUCCGACGAUUCACCGUCCGCGUUCGCUCACGACAUUGACAGAAUUCGCGGAGACCGAAAUGUUGACGGAAGUGACGGACUCGUCGCACGCGAAAUACCGGGUCGCCAACAUCCUGGCCCCGACGCCACCGCCCCCGCCGCCGAUCGCCCCGUCCUCCCACGUGGCGAUUCAGCACCGGGAAUUCGAACGUGAGAACGCCGAGCCCCUGGUCGAGCCGAUCGUGGCAACGAGACGUCCCGAAAUAACGACUCACGAGGUCGACGACGUUUUCUUGAGAACUGUAACAGAGAAGAAAACGAUAGAAGACGUGGAGAGACACCGACGUCAAGUGACGGAAUACCACGCCCGGCCCAAGCCGCAGCCGGACCCGAAGUGGGACGUUACCAUCCGGAAUUAUCCGACCGAAGAACUGCCGCCACCGCCGCCGGAGUGGGAAAACUUCUCGGACGUCAGCUCAGCCUCGAAUCUUACCAUCACCAACGAGCCCCUCAUUCACAGAACGAUGCCAACGCAUCUCGAGGACGACGCGACCAUCCAACCGACGUACAACACCCGCGGGGACAUACCCUCAAGACCGGGUCGCGGCCUGCUGGCCCACGACGACAGAGACGGCGCCGGCUCCGAUUGCUCCAGAUCCGGAAACAACUUCUUCACCCUCGCUCGCGUUCUCGAACCUCAAUACGCCGCCGAGCUGACCGACGACGAGAAACGCAGGUGGCGAGAAAUCAUCUCGAGCGAGAGCACUCUCCGGACCCUCCUGACCGAAGCUGUCGUCAAAGAGGACUACGAAUUGAUCAGAAAAGACGCCAGGUACACCACCCUCUUCCCGCCGACCAAGUGGGACGUCAUCAUCAGAAUCCUGAGCCCUCCACCCGGCUCGACCUCGUCCUCCUCCCACUGGAAGGGUGGCCAGCGCUACAAACGCAGCAAAUCUUCCGAGUGGGACAGCAGAUCUCGCAGAUCUUCGUUACCGACUCUCUACGAGUACGAAAGUGACGGUGGCAGCACCCUCAGAACCCACGAUCAUUCCCGACGUCCCAGCGACGUCCACUUGCCCAGCGACUCGCACCUGCGACGUCUCGGCUCGACCAUGAGAGCCGGCAGCGAAACCGACCUGUCGGAAAUGACGCGUGACUACGCCCGAGUCGAAAGAGACGAUUUGACGAGUCUCAGCUCCUUCGAAGCCGACUCUCUCGUCAGAUCCCUCAGCCAACCGAGCAUAGGACGCUCCGCGUCCGAAUUCGCCUCCCAGUGGGGCGCGGGCCAAGCGAGGGCUCUUCCCACUUGGGACAACGAGGGCAUUCCACCGAGCUCGACCGAAACUACUCCCCUCGCUGUCCGACGCGGCGACAGGGUAGAAGUCAUGGCGAGCUUCGAUGCCGGCAUCCGUGAAGGGCCGCCCGGUAUUUCGACAACUUUCACUCGAUCAACGAGAUACACCGAAAGCGAAAGCGUUCGAAUGACCGACGGCCAGAGGUCCUCCUGGUUCCACGAUGAUUCUGAGCCUGAAAUGCAAAUUUGAUUUAUUCGACGACGUCGAUUAUCUAUCGAUGACAUUUGAUCCAGCGAUUCCAGGCAAUCCUGGAUCAAGGAUUCUCAGAAUCCAACGAACGAGCUUACCACGGAGCUCCCCGUUUAUCAAACGAUAGUCAAACGAUGUUGGAUCUUUCCAGUUCUCCUAAACCCAUGUCCUAAACCCAUCUCCUCGUCCGGUAACCAGGGCAAUCACAAGGGUUGACUAAUAUCUUUUUUAAUGGUUUUCGAAUGCUCGUCUCCCUGGUCGAACAUUCAAAAAUAAUCGUUCGUUCACAUCUCUUCAAAGUGCCUGAUCGUUCGCCUCCUAAUCCAUCGCGUACCCGACAAAACUAGGAAAAUCCAACUCUUCCAACGAUACGUACUAACGCUCAUUGCGGAUCUAAAUAAACGCUAUUCAGCUACCACACUUGCCUUCGGUUUUCAAACGACCACGUCAAAUACUUUUACGUUCGACGAGAGACUGCGCACACUGCCGUACUUUCUCACCCUCCUCGAAAAGAAGGAGGCCAAGAAAAACGAAUGGGAACACCAGUCCUUCCAUUUCCUAAUCAAAAGACUACUUUUUACCAUACGGAAAUCCACCCUCGUCCUUACGACACUUCCGGGCUCAAUAACCAAGCUCUCUCAUCGUGUUCCAAUGCUAUUCUUAGGAACGUUCACGCCCAUUUGUCCAGCUAAACUUUUUUCACGAUCAGAAUUUUCAUCAGAAUCGAGAAUUUUCAAGUUUGUUUUUCGUUGGGAACAGUUUUUGGAAAGCUGACCAAAACAAUCGAAUUCAAAAGGAGAAGAUGAGAAAGAAAAAGAAAAAAGUUGAAUUCGAUUCGCACGAGCGAAAAUGCGAACGAUAUUUUGCCGAGGAAUUCUGAGGAAAAGGGAAAUUCUGACGGAGGAAAUUUUUAGCUGAGAAUCUGCCUAAAAUUUCGAACAUCAAGUAGCCAAGAUUCCUGCAACGUCCUUGUACCGAAUUUUUUUGUGCACUGGCACGAAGACAAUUUCGAGGAGCUUCGAUACUAGUAACGAAGCCGAUAAGUGUUUAAUACAUUUUGAAUUAGAUUUGCUGAACUUUCCACUUGCCACUCGUUCUCCUGGUCGAGCUUGCUCGAAUUUUUCCCUUUUUUAUUACAUCUUUCCCUCUCUGAUUAUUCUCUUUUCACUAAUACUAAAGAGGGACGAGUGGGACUGUAGAGUUUGGCAGAAUAAAUUGCUUCGAUUUGCUUGAGGAGAAAAAUCGAGCAGCAAAUAACGAACACGUAAAAGCAAUUUAAAUCUCAUGUUGCAUCACGUUAAUCCACAAAUCGCUUCCCAAUUAACAACGCUCGAGAGACAAACUCGACCAUCGAUCGCUCCAAUCCGAUCGUUAAUCAAAUUAAAAAUGAAAAAAGGAGUUUAGAGUACGAAGGAAUAAAUAAAUUCAGAAAAAACGAAUCGAUGGACCGAACAAUUCUCUGACUCCCUACCCCAGCCUCUUCCUCUCCACGUGCUAGUGAUUUUAGUUUUUUAGGUACACAAGAAAAAAACUACGGUGCUGGGUCUACGAAUGACUAUUAACUUUAGAAGUUAGCCUCUCAUUAGAACUUAAGAAAGGCGUAGUGCUCUCGCUAAGGGGAACGACAGAAAAUCGUUUUUCUUUAUAGUCAAAUACGUACGUAAUAAUAGAAGGUAUUUUAUUGAAUUACGUCUCAACUAAUCGAAGUCAUGUAUGAAAAAUUAUGUCGGCGAACGUGGCUAAUUUUAUUCGUCCAAUACCUUCGGACUCUAAUGGCUCGUGUUAAAAUCUCGUGCCAGAUACACGAAUUUAAAAUUCAGUGUGCAAAAUUUUUGUCGUUUUUUACGUCACGUUAUGAAUCAUUUGGAAAAUUCAUUUUUCGCUAUUCAUUGCAAAACUCUGCAAUCUCUUCGUACCGUCUCGUGACUUCCUCGUCUCGGUCUUGCCUGAACAAUUUUUCAUGUAUCCUUAUCUUUUCCGUCCUAACUUCACAGCUUUUCAUAGAAAUCCUCACGAAGACCAGAUCAGUAUACGAGACCACAAUUGACACGUUUGAGGAAACUUUUUUUUCUUUCUCAAUGGCAUACCUCGAUUCCCGCGAGAUACUUUGACCGUUUUUCCCACAACACUGCAGUGAUUUUUACUCUAGUAGGGCUGCUACGCAUUCCCCCUCCCCAUUCCCAUAAUACAUACACUGUACAUAAAAUAACGUCGAGUAAAUAUGAAGCUCGAUAGAAUGCGAGCGAAGAACAAUGAGAAAAUAUGAUGACUAGAAAAUUCUUUGUUUCUAGGAAAUUGAAAAUAAUGCAACAGUUAUAUACAAAUUAUAAGUUACGUGUUACUCGGACUUGAACUACUUGACCCUCUAGAAAUCUAGCACAAGUUUAAUACGAGGGACAAAUUUUUAAUAACGAUGUAAUUCUCUGUUAUUAUAACUUUUUUUAUUGCGAAAUAAAAGUUUAACGAAGCUGCUUA